AUGGCCCUCGAGGCAGGCCGACAAUCAGUCUCCCCGGCCAGCUCCGGGAGAGCUUCACCAGUCGCAAAGACUUGGAGGAACCAGUUAGGCUCUGAGGAGCCUCCAAGCAGAGACAAGGCAUUCCGCAGAUAUGCGUCUGGUGUUGAAAGGUCACUUUCGUUGUUUGAGACAGCCCUACAGGAAUGGGCAGACUACAUCUCCUUUCUGGGACGGCUCCUCAAGUCCUUACAAGCGCAUCCCAGCAAUAUCAAAGUUGUUCCAUCAAAAUCAAUUGUCGCAAAGCGUCUUGCUCAGUGCUUAAACCCUUCGCUUCCUUCUGGCGUACACCAAAAAGCUCUCGAAGUCUACUCUUUCAUAUUCUCUAUGAUAGGUAGAGAUGCCCUUUCAGACGAUCUCCCACUGUACUUUCCAGGUCUCUCGUCUACACUUUCGUUCGCAUCGCUUUCCGUAAGAGCACCAUUUCUAGACCUUCUAGAGAAACACAUUCUGAAGCUUAAUCCUGUGUCUCUACGCCCAGCACUGAAGGCGAUCAUACUUGCGUUGCUACCUGGGCUGGAAGAGGAGACCAGCGAGGAAUUUGAACGAACAUUGAAACUCUUGGACGGAUUCAAGCAUGGCAUAAGACCAGCCAAUGCCCAAGACCUGGCUGGGGAUCAUAGCACUGGGGAUGAGUAUUUCUGGCAAUGCUUCUUCCUUGCCGCCAUUACGAGCAACGGCAGACGGCUUGGUGCGUUAGCAUACUUGGUCCGAAAUCUCCCAAAGCUUGGCCAGCCCUGGUCUACCGACUCAUCAAAUACACCAGCAAAUGGAUCGGAAAAUGAUGAAGAGGCAACAAAACGUUUAGGGGAGAUCGUGACCUCUCCGGAGCCAGGCCUCUUACUUAGAUGUUUUGCUGCUGGCCUGGGUGACGAACAGCUCUUGAUACAACGAGGUUUUCUAGAUCUACUCGUUAGCCAUCUGCCCAUACAUUCGCAUGUCCUGCAGGAGAGAGUGAAGCGCGAAGACUUGGAGCUUCUUAUCACUGCCGCAGCAGGAGUGGUAUCUAGGAGAGAAAUGAGUCUCAACAGGCGUCUCUGGACCUGGCUUCUCGGCCCGGACCCUGCCCAUAUUGAAGGUGAAAAUGGUCCCGAGUCUCCGACUUCGGUGAUGGGGGAUCUUCUCGGGUCUGUGCCUUCGUCUAGGACACGAUACUUUGAGGAAUUUGGGCUGCAACCGUUGGUGCAAGCGCUGCUAAAAUUAAUUGCACGAGAUUCCACCAAUGCUGUGGAGAGAGCUCGCCCAUUCCGAAUAUGUCUCUCAUUGAUGGAUAGAUGGGAAAUCGGUGGCCUCGUGGUCCCAGAUAUCUUUCUACCGAUCGUUGAUAGUGUGCGUAGAUACAAAGACCAGGCACCGACUAAAGCAGACUUCUCGGAGGUGCUUCGUAGUGCCAGUGUCUUUUUCGAUGGCGUCGAGAGCGGAUUGAUCUGGGGGGAGAUUAUUCAAUUGAUUGCACAAGCGAUUGGUCCUGGAGAUUUACCCUCCACGGGGAGAAUCGACAGACUCUCCUUAGUGAACUUCGUAAUCGCGCACUUCAAUAUUCGAGAGGAAGAGAUGCUCUUGAUACAUGCGCCAUUAACGACCUUGACACUUCUGACAUUACUGGGAGAUGCGAUAGGAAAGUCUCAGCAAAAUCCCAGUCAGUCUGGCACUCCCGAGAAGAUACCGAGAUUAGCUCUAGGUAUCGCUAUUGACUUGGUCGAUCUCAUCCCGGAAAGAGCCUUUCGAACCAGGCCGUCGACGAGUCAGUCGACAGCAACAUCUGUGGAAGAAGAUUCUAUUCUCCGAGCCACAACCUCGGAAAUCCUGCAAAAAGUCAAGACUUUCUACAUUCAGGAUCAAGGGAAUUUGGAUGCUUUCCCUCCCCCAUACUCGCCUCACGCUGUGAGCGAGAUUCUCAUCCGUGAGAUUGGCAGCCUCACUUGCCAAAGCCUUUCUGAUUCAGUGUCAAGUGCUGAUGCUGGUAUCAAAAGCAAGUUACUGGUAAUGAUGCUGGCCAAAGUUCCUAAAGCUGACAGUCUGGACGUGGCCAAACUUGUUGAAUCAAUUCAGAAAAGAUUUGCAGUUCCCGCGCAACUACCAUUCAUAACUUUCACUUCAAUCAUCUCUCUCGCCACUAAUCUAUACUCAGCAUCCUACAUAUCUGCCAUCGAGUUAUCUAGACUCGUGGAACCUCUUGUGCGGCAAGCAUGGUCUUACUUGUCAGCAUCUCAUCCCAAAUACCACGUCGAGACAGUUCGAUGUCUCUGGCAACUACAAACAGCGUUGUCUCUCUCGAGCCAUGAGAUCGAGGCCUCAAUAUGUUCCCUUAUGGUUGAGCACGACACAACCGGGACCUUUGGGGCUCGAAACGCAGAUCCUGGUAGAAGUUUUGGCUUGCUGUGGACGCAUACUAUGCAAGAUACAACUUCACAGCUGGAUCGUAAGGCGUCAAAAACGUCCACGAUUGAUACCAAAACCUCACCGCGCCUUCUAGGAGUCGCAAAUUACGAAGUGAUGCUCUCCCGGCCCGUAUUCCUCCUACUUGAUUCUCUUCUUGACGAGCGUACCCAGCUUUUUAUGACUGUGCGAACCUGGCUUCAGACUCUCGUGGGAGUUGACAAGCUGUUUCACCUCUUCGUGGCGAAAUUCUCGGAAUUUGAAUUCCUUCAGACUCUCCCCGCAGAGUCAUCGAGCUCUGUAGACAGCAAUGUUCAGAUGUACGAUAGCGAAGACGACUUGGACCUAUGUUUAUAUUAUUUGCGCACUCUGUCGAAUAUGCUGCGCUGGUCAUCUGACAGUAUGUGGGCUGCUCUUGCGCAGAAUACUAUCGACACGAGUCGCCCCUCAUUAUUUCGCAUUACUGGCCGUAACGGUGAAAUUUCUCUUCUCGAAUUCUUUUUGCAUGUCUGUCUACGCUCAAUUUCUGGAAGCCAUGGCGUCGAAAAUUCCGAGGAGCCUCGCGUUAGCCAAUUUCACAGAGCCGCCUUGUCAACUCUCCACCAGAUUCUCCUAAGCCCAUACUCCCUUUCUCUAGCCGAGCUACACCUGGAAAAUGUUCUGAUAGACCGACUGAUGCAGUCUCUUGAGGGAGCGGAUCCUUUCAUUCAAGUGCUACUGUUGGAUGUUGUGUUCGAUACACUUAAGCUGCGUAACUCGGCCAGACCUGUAGCUUCAUCCUCGUCCCCUGCGGCAGAGAAGCGCUCAACUGUGGACAAUCCUCAAAACCCUCAUCUGUCUCUCACCACCAAUGAUAGUGAGCACUACGCAGAAUCGAGUCUCCCAUCUCCACCUGCAUCUCUGGUUAAAUGUCUCCAAGCAGGGUUCGCAGCUCCUAGUAGCCGUCCUGUUCUGGAUAGCUGGGUUAGCUUCCUAACCGAGUGCCUGCCGCUGUACUCGGAUACUAUUUUUCAGAUACUGAUACCGCUUGUAGAGACAUUUUGCUCGCAGGUUGGGGGUACUUUUAAUAGCUUGCAGGAAACCUUCAAGGAAGACUCUGCUCUCAAAACAGUUUUCGGUGCUCCCGAGUCAACGCUUAUUUCUCUCCUGAACGGUCUGGAACAUGUCUUGGCACGAGCUCACGAUCGUCUUUUGCAGGACGAAGUCAAGACACCCCAAGUCAAGAGUCCGGAACAGCCACAAGGAUUCUUUGGUAAUAUGGUAUCAGGGGUGUUUGCUUCAGAAACACCUCAAGCAAGAACUGCUACCGCCAACAAUCGUCUUACGGUUUUGCUAUCAUUUCAGGAUGCUGUACGCAUUUGUUUCGUGAUCUGGUCUUGGGGUGGUAAGAACGGAGCCUCACAAGAUGUAGUAUCAGCUGCUUCUUUCAACUACACAUCUUUGCGAAUGAGGAACCGCGCCAGGAGGCUCUUAGAACACCUCUUCGCUGCAGAAGCUCUAGAAUGCCUGGAGACAGUAGUCGAAAUCUGGCAAAAGUCUGCCAGGAGCCCCAACGACCUGAAAACGCCUGUUGUUUUCAACCUCCUCCAUGUGCUCGAUGGUUCUAGGCCGAAACACACCAUACCAGCCAUCUUCAAUGCAAUAUACAGUCGAACAAAUCCGUCUGCUCUGGAUCCAGCUCGGAAAUCGACGUUAACGGCGUCUCUGAGUGACACGGAUCUUGUCAUAUUUUUGGUCGAAUAUGCUCGGUCGCUAGAAGACGACGCAAUGGACGAAAUCUGGACUGACUGCAUGACGUUUUUAAAAGACAUAUUGGCGAACCCAUUUCCGCAUCGACAGACAUUGCCAAGCCUGCUAGAAUUUGCAGCCAUAUUAGGUGAGAAGGUCGACAACACCAACUUUGGAGAACAGCGUAGGAUGAGAAGAGAACUAGGAGACUCGUUUCUUCGACUUCUGGCUGCGAUCUUCGCUACCCGGCCCAUGGGGCUCUCUGAUGGUGCCCCCGACGCCGAUGAUCGUGCAAACUCAAGAUCAGACGACAUCGUGGGCAUUUUGGCUUCCAUUGCGCCUAACCUUCCCAAAGUUCUUGUCGAACCUGACCGUAUCCUCGCAGCUGCUAAUACGAUUUCCGCGAAUGUCGUUGGGCCAACUUUCAAGUCCAAAUCCUUCCCUGAUAACGUGUCGAAGAACUCGUUGAUACUGCUCUAUCAACUAGCAAGACUGCCUAACACUCAAAAGACAUGGAAGAAAGACAUAGGAGACGCCUUCAAUGAUGCUAGGUUUUUCUCAAAUGCGGUGCCACUGGUCGAUAGUGACUGGCUCCCACUCCUCAAGCAGUGGACUUUGAGUGACAAGGAAAGGAUGCCCGAGCUCCUCGCUCGGAUCCUUCCACCAACAACCGCAGGAAUUGUUUUUGGUGUGGGAGCAACAUCAGCUAGACUCGAAGCUGAUCGGAAAACACAGCUCAACCUGCGCCGUAUCGCCACUCUGGUCCUUGCCACAAUGAACGACAACUUCGCUGGAGACCUGCCCAUGAUGCAAGAAAAGAUCGUCGAGCUAGUAGCUGCCUCAACGACUUCGUCGCCGUCAUCCACAACUCGAGCUGACAUCUACUUGCUUCUUCGCGCGUUGGUCCUUAAGACUUCUGCUGUCCAUCUUGCCACGUUUUGGCCAAUCGUUAAUGCCGAGUUACACGCAGCCAUCUCAUCCGUUGUUUCGCCCGACCACAGUGCGGCUUCCGAAACAUACAACAACUACUCAGUUCUCCAAGCCUGCAAACUGCUGGACACGCUGCUAUGCAUUGCACCCGACGACUUUCAACUCCAUGAAUGGCUUUUCAUCACCGACACAAUCGACGCCGUGUAUCGCCCGACGAGUUUCUACCCCGUCGCCAUGAUCGACGAAAUUUCAGAGAAGCUAGGGUCCACGGCUCUGUCUUCAACCGUGCCGACGGAAUCGUCCCCAUUGCCAGCAGCGAACAGUCUCAGCCGUCGGCCAUUGAUAGGACCUGGUGGCAUCAGCGACGAAGGAACUUGGGAGAGGAAAGACGAGUUGGUGGGUAAGGUUCUGAGGCCUUUCUUCGGCCAGUUGAGCAUUUUUGCGUUUGAGAGCACAUACUCGAUGGGUGUGCCGGACUGGGAGGCAUGUAGGAUGGGGCUACUGAGGGAUCUGUUUGACGAGAGGAGCAUUACUAAGGCAUUGUAA